CUUGGCCGACCAAGUAAAACCCAUCGUGCAGGUAGACAAAGGAAUUAUGGGAUAUUGGAUACACGCAGAUUUUGUUAGUCUGUUGACAAUUAUUUUGCUCAGUCUGAUUAAGAUAAAAGUAUAAGAAUUUCACGAACUGCAAACAAAUAAAUAGAUUAUGGCUGGCGCCUCGAAUAUACAGUGGUGUGAACCAUGUGGUAGAGAUGGGGAAAACCAACAAGCACAUUCCUGGUGUAGUGACUGUUCUGAACCAUUAUACGGAGAAUGUCUAAAGUUCCAUCGAAAAGGGAAAACAACAUCGAAUCACAAAACAAUCCCGAUUCUUGAAGCGGAAAAGUUGGAUUUUCGGUUUUAAAUAUUUCAGAAACCUGUCAUAUUCAUGAUGACCAGAACAUUUCUUUUUUUUGCCUACAACAUGAUACAAUCUGCUGCGCUUUUUGUUUACGGGAAUCGCAUAACGCGUGUAAAGAUGUAGAGUCAAUAGAAAAUGCGUCGAAAGGCGUGAAAAUGGGAACAGCGAUUGAUGAUUUACAACAUCGAAUGUCAGAAUUUUCGCUUAUGAUAGGUAAGAUACUCAAUGUAUACGAGAAUAAUUUGAGUUCAAUAUCUGACCAGAGAGACGAAUAUAAAGAAAAAAUAAGAAAUGUUCGAAAAGAACUUAACACAUACUUGGAUGAGCUGGAACAGGAAAUCGAUACAAAAUUUGAUACCUGUAAUGAAGAAUGCAAGGGCGAAAUAAAAAAGCACAUUAAAGAUCUGACCGCAAGAAAAAACAAGUCGGAAUCCUGGCAAACUGCCAUAGAAACGUUAACAGAACAUACUUCCGAAACAAGAAUCUUUGCAGCAAUCAAAACCAUAGACCUUUUACAAGUCGAAGAAGAAAUGUUCUUGUCAAAGUUUCAAGAAGGUUUGGUAGAAUAUAACCUGCGCUCGUCCCCGUUUGAAUUUAUAGAAAAGAUUAAACCAAUCUUAGCUACACUAUCCAAAUUAAAAGUGGAGAAGAUCAAAACUACAGUUCAACACCCACUGAAUGUCCAACAAGUUCACGCCUAUAAAGUUCAACAAGGAAAACACCAACUUCUUCAAAAUAUUAGGUGUUCUCAGUUGGAAAUGAAAGUGUUGAACAAAGCUUCUUUUACUAUGAAUAAUCAGAUUGUUUUUAAUGGUUCUCCGUUUCGUGUUUAUGACAUUACUAGCUCCAAUGUCCACACAAUAAAUGUAGGUUAUAGCUCAUCAGACGUAACUUGUAAUGUGACAAAUGAUGUGUAUGCAUCUUUUCCACCUAUAGGUGUUUACAAUAUUGACAUUAAGAACUUAAAAGAAGGGCCUCGUAUAAACAAGGAAACUUCUACAGAAAAUGCUUAUAGACGGGUCAAGGUGAAUAAUGCAUUAAUUUAUUCAAAUGUCGAAAACGCUAUCGUACUUUUAAGUCAAGAUGGAACUGUUGUCAAGACUUUGCAAUGUAAAAUUACUCUUUUAUUUAUAUGCGUUGAUAACCGCGGUGGAAUGUUCAUUUCUGAUGGCAAAUCAAUUAUACAUAUGACAGAAACUGGUUCACACAAAGAAAUUCCCACCAACAUGAAAAGUGACCAUGAGAUCAGAGGACUAGACGUUUCUGAACAAGGACAGUUAUAUGCAUGCAUUUGCCACAACGAAAAAGGAUCAGUUGUGCAAAUAAACACGACUACAGGAUACAGGGAACCAGUUUUAGAAAAUCUUGUAACCCCACGUCACAUCUCUUUUCAUCCAACCAAGAAUAUUUUUCUCAUUAUUACUGAUAAAAGCAAAGAAUGUUCAGUUUAUCAAAUCAGAAAUUAACAUGAACUUAAAUUUGUUGUUUUAGCGUAAAACCUAUAACAGUCUGUUUGUUAUGUCAAUUGAAUUGUAUCCAAUUUAUUGAAUCGCAAAUUGCAACAAAGAAAUUAUUUUCAUUCUACUAAAACAUUUGAUUGAUUACUUGUUGUUAGUCUAACAUACAUUGACAUUUCAUUAGUUAUCAUUCAUAUCAGUGCAAAUGUACAAUACAUAAACAGGUUCUGCAAUUGAUCAAACAGGGGUUACGGGCUGGAAACUUCGACAGCAAUAGCUAAAUGAGAGUAUAUCAGAAUUUAAUAAUCAUUUUACGACGCGAAAAGUUAUCUGAUAACAAACAAGACCCCUAUAGCCAUGAUAGCUUACUUAGGGAAAAGAUAUCAACUAUAUAUAAUGAAAAAUACAUUCACCGACAUUAUUCAUUAUUCUGUUUUGCAUUUAUUUCCAGCAGUAAACAUCUAUUUUAGCUGCAUCUGAUGUAUUAGAAUUAGUGUCGCUGCAAUGUUUCUCCCGACAGAAAAAUCAACUUUGAAACUUAAACCAGAGAGUUAACAAACCAUAUAAGAAUAAGCGCUACAGAUUAGAGGGAUGUCUUUUAAAAAAAAAAUGUUUUUUUAUGAAUCUCCAUGUAACAUGCAUGGUGUUAUAUAAAUAUCCCCACCUUAAAUUUUGAGAGAUUGAGUCUUGAUUUUUUAUUUAUGUUUGUGUCUCUUGGCCUUAGAAGGGUGAAAUAGGCGAACAACCUAGUCAUUUUAAUCAUUGCAAGACCUCGAGACCUUCGGUUUAGUUUGUACAUAUGUAACUUAUCUAAAUUCAAUACCAUUCUACAAGUUGUUGACAUACAAUUUGAUCAUCAAGGGUAAUAUACGAAUUCCAAGUUUUUCACUUCUCCGAAAGUGUUAUCAUACGAAACCUCAAAUUUGAAAAAAAAAUUGAACAUGUUUUAUAUUUUUGAAUAGGUAAGUUUUACUCUAAAAGAAGCGAAUGUGAACUUUGUUUUUAAAAAGAAAAUCCUCCAAAUGAUCAAAAUCGUCAUAAAUGUACCGAUGUUUAAUUAUUGGCUUCCAAGACACUAAUUCGCCGAUGUUUUCCCGUAUGCAGUGACGUAUCAACGAGACCUGUCGUUUUAACUUCGGCCACCGCACUGCGCAAGUGCGAGGGGAAAACUGUCAUGAAAGAAUGUAAACACAUGUGCUUUUGAAGGUAAAUAGAAAUAUCAGAUUCUUAAGGAACAAAUUUAAUACAACAAAUCAUUAAACAACUCUUAAGGAAUAGCUUGAUUAACAAAUGGGAAUACAUGGGAAAUAUAACAACAAAUGUCAUGGCUCUUUCUUUUCAUUUAUCUGUCAUGCUUUCCACGUGCACUUUUUUUUUUAAUGUUUAUCAAUGUCAGGAUCCAGUAAACUUCGGCACUAAACUCGAAAAUUAAUCAGCUUGCAAUCAACAACAACUGAAUGAAAUAGUAUUUGUCAAUAGUAGAUUAUAGAUGUUUAAUAAAUAUAAAACAAACGUGCAUGCAAGACUUUUAGUUAAGUUUAGUAUAUAUUGAUGCAUUGGUUAUAAUUUCGACAAACUCAAAAUUUCUAGAAACUCAUUUCAUAUGACUUUAAGGAAAAACAAAUAUAAAGGAAUAAAAGAUUACAUUUUGUGUCGUUGGGUUGCUAUCUAAUUUAUGAUACCUAAUACAUGCACUUGUAUUCAUAAAAAAAAGAUGUUUGCAUUAAAAUCUAAUCAUCAUGAUCA